CAUCAUCUCUUCUUCUUUUUUUACUUCUUUUCUCAUCAUAUUUCAUCCCUCAUCACUCUACCCAACUACACCCCACCCACCUACCAAACAAACUAUAAUCAACCAUGUCGUCCGCUAGUGGAGUUCAAGCCGAUCCCGCGUGCCUGGAGGCUUUCCAGCAGUUGAAGUUGGGCAAGAAGCUGAAGUACAUUGUGUACAAGCUGUCGGAUGAUCAGAAGAGCAUCGUGGUCGAGAAGCAGGCAGAGACGGCCACCUAUGACGAGUUCUUGAAGCACUUGCCCGAGAACGAUUGCCGUUGGGCCGUCUACGACUUUGAUUACUCGACCGCUGAUGGUGAUCGCAACAAGAUUGUCUUUUACACCUGGGCCCCUGAUGGUGCCAAGAUCAAGUCGAAGAUGCUGUACUCUUCCAGCAAGGAUGCUCUCCGCAGAUCGUUGAACGGAGUCGCUGUUGAGGUUCAGGGCACUGAUGCUGAUGAGGUUGACCACGAAACUGUUCUCGAGAAGGUCCUCCGCCGCUAAGAGGAAAAAGAACGAGAGAAAGGAAGACAACACGGCGAAAACCCUUUCACGAUCCUCCCAUCCAGGGGGAGGGGGAAGGCUCUUUUUCUUUUCUUUUCUCUUGCUACAGCCUCUCCCUCCCCUCAUCUCCAUCCUCUACCCUUACUCCCCCCUUUACUCCACCCUGCCCUACACUGCAAUAUGGUAGCCGCCAAAGAAAAAAAAUUAAAAUAAAAGGAAAAAAUAUACAUUAGA